AUGACUCCCACUCCCAGACAGCACCUGUCCCGUCUCCCAGACAGUGUGAGAUUUUCAGACCUGUCCUGCCUCCCAGACAGAGUGAGACUCCACCUGUCCCGUCUCCUAGACAGCGUGAGACACCACCUGUCCCUGUCUCUCAGACAGCACCUGUCCCGUCUCCCAGACAGCGUGAGGCAGCACCUGUCCCUCUCCCAGACAGCAGCCGAGAGACCAGACCCGCCCCUCUCCCAGGCAGCCGAGAGACCAGACCCGCCCCGUCUCCCAGGCAGCCGGCAGAGACCAGACCCGCCCCCGUCUCCCAGGCAGCCGAGACCAGACCCGCCCCGUCUCCCAGGCAGCCGAGAGACCAGACCCGCCCCGUCUCCCAGGCAGCCGAGAGACCAGACCCGCCCCGUCUCCCAGGCAGCCGAGAGACCAGACCCGCCCCGUCUCCCAGGCAGCCGAGAGACCAGACCCGCCCCGUCUCCCAGGCAGCCGAGAGACCAGACCCGCCCCGUCUCCCAGGCAGCCGAGAGACCAGACCCGCCCCGUCUCCCAGGCAGCCGCGAGACUGGGGGUAUAAGCUGA